GACAGAGGGAGUACUAUAUAUAUAACUUCAAUUUUCAUUAAUAGCAUAGCAAGCUGUAAAUUAGUGAAAGUCAUUGUGGAUAUAGCAAAAUCAUGGAACAAAUCCAAAGAAAACUAGCUGAGUACACUGCUUCCUUGUACAAUGAGCAAAUUCUGGAUGAACAGUUUAUACAACUGCAGCAAUUGCAAGAUGAGAGCAAUCCAGAUUUUGUGGUUGAAGUUGUGUCCCUUUUCUUUGAAGAUUCUGAAAGGCUUCUUAAUGAACUUGCAAAAGCUCUCAAUCAGACUAACGUUGACUUCAAGAAACUGGAUGCUCAUGUUCAUCAGCUGAAAGGUAGCAGCUCUAGCAUUGGUGCACAAAGAGUUCAAAGAGUGUGCAUUUCCUUCCGUAAUUAUUGUGAUGACCGCAAUGUUGAAGGGUGCUUAAAAUGUUUGCAACAAGUAAAAAUUGAGUACACCCUUGUCAAGAACAAGCUUGAAACUUUAUUUAAGCUGGAGAAACAAUUCGUGGAUGCUGGUGGAUCAUUUCCAGUGGUGUGAAUAUUGAUUGAUGAGAUAUAUGGAAUAUGAAUUACGUGGAAUUUAAUUAUGUUUAAUUAAUUGCAAGUUUAAUUAGAAAGUGUUCAUGAUAUAUUUCGAGCUUCACUUCUUUGGCUCCAUUAAUGUAGUUUAUGUGUAGCUAUCUUCUUCAAUUUUAUUAGAAAUAUUGUAAAUAAGUUCAUCUCUACUUAAUAAAGCUUGAUUAUAUGCAUGAUCAAGGUACUU